UCAUAACCAUGAAUGUUUAUUUGCUCACUAUUAGCGUGCUAUACUUUGCAUUUUCGACACGGACGAAUGCAUAUUGACAAAGGUGUCAUUCGCCUUACCUAAUUUUGCACUACUCGGAGAACCAAAUACCCAAAUAAUCGCUUGAACAAGAUGGUUGCAGACGCAAAUUGACAAACAGUUUGACACAAAAUGAUUAUUCAUCAUAUGGACAACAGCCAAAACUAAAAAUGUGGGCAGAGAAACUCUUCUCACAGAUUGCACCUCAAACGCUGCAAAUCAUAGAAAAUUUUGGCAGUAUUUUUGAUGGGGACUUAUCAAGCAACCUCACAUGGAGGUUUGACUUUAGUUAUCUCACGCAACGAAAAUUUUGCUACAGCUAUAAGGAGAUGACAAGUUUUAACCCUAAUGGAAAAAAUGGGGACUUUUCCAAUGCAGUUGAAUUUGCAAAAGGAGGGCUUGUUUUGUUCGAGGAUUAUGGUUCUGGUGUAUUUCAACGUUUGGCAAUGAUUCACAAACUAGAAAAAAAUGACCAUGUUUUCUUUGAGAUAGAUGGUGAAGAGUUAAUUGAAAUUCCAGUCUUCGUGAAUAAGUCAUUUAAUUACCCAUUUCCAAAGAUUUUUUUGCGGCUAAAUGAUAAGGGAAGAAACAGAGCUGGCUUGUACGUAACACAUCCAAUAUCUUAUGCCAAAAGUUUUCGCAUUAUAGUAAGAUGGCCAGGAAGUGAUCAUAUUGAAACAAACACGGCGUGGAACGAAUCUUUUGUAUGCCGCACAACGGGAGCACUAUGUAAGAAUGUUUUCUACCAUUCGGUUAUUUCCAAUAAAUUGGCACAAGGAACAGAAAUUAAAACUCAUUUCAAGGACUAUGUUUCACAACAGGAUUUACAAAUGCACUUUCAAUAAUGGCAAAUGAUCCUGAAAAAUUUGCUCCCGGAUUAGGAAGAAAAUGUUCACUAUUUUGUCGAAGAGUUAAACCGGGAGAAGACAUCGUCUUAUUUGAAGCUAACAACGGAUCUUACGUAAUUCACUCACUACGUCUUAGAGUUUAUGAUAUGUUAAAUGGCCAAACUGUAAUCUCACAAAAUUGGAUGCGAAUUCUUAUAACCAUGACAUGGGACAACAAAGAGCCACAAGUCAAGGACAUUCCAUUGGCAGGAAUUUUUAAUACUGGUCUUGAUUACAUAAGAGAAGUGAAGAGUUUAACAACAGGACUAAGGAAUAUGACCUGUGAAUUAAUGGGUGCAGAAUCAUAUAGAAUGAAAACGUUUGACUGGACGGCUUAUCUUUAUUAUGAAAUGCCAUUCUGGACGUCUGCAAAAAUUAUUGUCAGGAUACCUGAUGGAUACAAGCCUGCAAUAAUUUGUUCGCAGUUCUCAGUAAAGGAGUUGGACUUUAAAAAAUAUCACCGGCAAUUAACUGGCUACUUCAGUGCGCAAGUAACUCAAGUUAAAAAACUUAGCUUGAAAAAUAUAAAUCUAUUUCACUUAAAAAAGCAAUGGGGACAUGUUGUUGCUGUCAACUACUUUUCAAAAAUAGUUGGUUUUAAAACAAUAAUA